AUUUAUGGCUUAAAAUUUUCAUAGCAAUCUUCCAAAAGAGUUCGAAGGAUUUCUUCAUGAAAUAAAAUCAGUAGUUUAAACAAGACAAUAGACAUUAAAUGAAAGAAUUCAAAUGGCAUAAAGAGAUUGUAUUGAAGGAAAAAAAGAAUAAGACUUUUUAAAGUGUCAAACUAAAUUAUCAAAGUAAUUAGAGAAGAAUGAAGCAUUAUUUUGUAUUACCAAAUGAUUUAUCAAAAGAGUUUAAGAUGAUAUAUUGGAGAGAGACAUCAGUCUAAUGUUUUAAGACUUAAGAAUAACUAGGAUAAGGAACAAAUUAAUGUAAGGCAGAUUCAAAGAAAUUGUUAGAGACUAUAUUUGAUUCAUUUAAAAUAUGAAUUUUAUGGGUUUUAAGUUUAGACUUAAAUGUUAUAAUAUUUGUUAUACAAAAUUAUAAAAUUAAGAAUUAAG